ACAAAAAUACCUUUUCCGAAUGUACUUGUGUCUCAAUUCCAUUCAAUCAUAACAAUUGGAAUCUUUAGAAUUCGUUCAUGUUCAAGAUUAUAAUUCAUCAGUAUUAAUGCGCAUUAAAACGGCCAUUGAAGUGUCUUGUUAUUUAAAAUUCAAGUCAAAUUUCCAUUCUUGAUCGACACAAUUUAUUAAUACUUGAAACCGCGCAACGAAAAAUAUCAGCUUUAGAUACAAACAACUCGUAUGCUACGUUUUCGUAUGAUCAUUGUAACAAAAUGUUUUUACUAAAACGAUUUAAAGGCGUAAGGUUAUUCAAAAUAACGCUUCAUCAUUAUAUCAAAUACAAGCAUACUUCUGUUGACAAUGUGGUUUGAAACGUAUGAUUGAUGUCACGUAAACACAACUUAUCGCAGAAGAAACAAAACGUUUCAUUGCUGGAUCUACGCGUGUAUUGGUAUUAGAAAUACUUGUUCACAUUAGAUGCUUUUGUAGUUUUGUGCAUUUUCUCUUGGGAGCGCUAUCUGAUGAUGAUUUUUUUCUAACAUUAUUACUCUAUGUUCGUGAAGUUUAUAGAAAGAUUCAACUGUAUAACUUUAAAACUUCAGAUUAAAGCAAAUAUUUUGGCACAUGGUUAAACAAGUCCGAUACAAAGCAUUUAUACACAUCUACUUAACUUCGGUACCUAACAAUCCUUGAUAAACUUACCUUGUUUUAAUAUAGUAUACAUGUAUAUGUACUGUGUUGUUUGAAGAGUUUUGUGCUGUUGUUCCAUGUUUCUGGUUUGUGAUUUUUUGUGUUCUAUGGCUUUGGCGUUUACCCUGUGCCAUUAAAUGGGAUUUAUGUUUCAACGUUUUGCUACUGAGCUUGUUUCAGUAGUUUUAUUAUAUCAAUAUUGAACAAGUUUGUCAACAUUUGAAUGUUUCUUUUGCUUGUGUGUAUCUAAGGUAAAUGAUCCAUAAUACUUGACUUGAAAAAGCUGUUCGUUAUACCUAUCAGCUAGUUAGGAUAUACGAUUUGUUCAAUAGCCGUAAGCCAACAUUUAAUCUAUUUGUUUCGUUCGUGAAUUUUCUUAUAUUAAUAACAAAUGAACUCGUCAAAGUCGAUUCAAAGUGUAUCAUUAAGUUAACUUUAAGUUCAAUAAGGUCCUGGUCCUAGUUUCUCAGAAUUUCUAAAGUUCUUACUUAGCUAAGUAUUAUACUUAAGACAUGUGUAUAUUGUAAAUAAAAUGGAAAGAAAGAUAAUAUCACAUAAACACAUAUUACUGCAGAAAAAAACAACAUGCUGGAUCUACGUCUAUUUGGUAUUUGAAAUACGUGUACAUAUAAGUUGCUUUUGAAAUGUUCUUGGCAUAUUCGUUUGGGAAUGCUAUCUGAAUGGUGAUCAUUGUACUUAUGAAAUUUAAAUGCCGUUUGGUAAAUCGCGCUCCUCUCACCGAUUUGGCUUUUAAUAUAUGAAUGCGUUGUUAGUGUUUGUUUCUAAAGUGAGCUUUAUUAUUGUUUGUAAGAAAAUUCAUAAUACCUAGAAGAAAGGUUUAACUUUAUGUAUUCAGAUGUAAGCGUAUCUUAAACGGGUCCUUUGCAUUGCAUAUACACACAUUUAUUUAACAGAGUUGUGAACUUUUCAAUGUUUCUUUGCUUGUUUGUAUCUAAGUCACCUUUCAGCUAGUUAGGAUAUAAGAGGUGUUCAGGACCGUAAUUCAAUAUUCAAUCCAAAUGAUCUGUUUGUGAAUUCUGAUAUUAACAAGUGAACUCGUCAAAUUUGUACCUUAAAAGUUGUUAAAGGUUUUUUCUGAGCUGAGAACUCUGUUAAAACAUUUGUAUACUGUGAAUAUAACGGAAAUUACAUCUGGAUCUUUCAUAUAUCAAUUUAUGUUGUUGUUUUAUUAUUAUUUAAACCAUAUAAUGUGCGCUCACUUAUUUUAUAUUGUCAUGUUAUAUGCUUAAACUGCCGAGUACACUAAACAAAUUCGAUGUUUUAUUCAAUAACAUCAAUACAAAAUAUAGCCAUCUGCUACUUAAACGGAAGCUGCUGCACAUAAUUUCACCGAGCUGUACUGCCAUCAGCGGAGAUUAGUAAUGCAAAACACAUGCGAAAUCACGUUCAAAUUAUACAGUGUAGCGUGUGUGGAGAUUAAGCUUGAUUCUUAUCAUCCUGUGGUUUCGAGUUGUUGAUUUUUUCGAUGUAAAUGUGCAAAAUUCAUAAUAAUUGGUGAUAAGUGAUUUUUCUUGGAAGCUUAAGCUGUUUAACAAUGGCUGAAGAAAUAUCGGCUCCUCGAAUUGUGUUCAAGCAAAUGGUACAUAGGGGAAUUCCUUUGUUUGAAUGUGAAAUUGACCGAAUUGAAGCCAUGGACACAUUUGACGAUGACAUCUGGCUUUGUGGAUACCCUAGAUCCGGAAAUACCUUGACACAGGAAAUGACAUACCUUAUACAGACACUCGAUUUUGGCCGUGCAAACUCCGUUUACCUCGAGGACAGAGUGCCUUGGAUUGAUGCCAAAGAUGACCGCUUACAGAAAGUAAAAGGUGUUGAUGCCAUAGAAGAACAGAUCAGACCAAGAUUUGUAAAAUGUCAUCUUCCAUACGAUUUCCUGCCAAGUCAGUUAAAAGAUGGCAAGGGAAGGAUUAUAUACGUAUCUCGAAACGCCAAGGACGUAUUUCAGUCCUACUACCGGAUUAUGCUGUGGGAUGACCAACUUGACACUUCUAAAGAAACCUUAAACACUUUCUUUGAAAACUUCGUGAAAGGCAAAGACCUAUACGGAUUAUGGACCGACCAUAUCAUUGGCUACUGGAAAAAACGCGACAAUGUGCUCUUUCUCAAAUUUGAAGACAUUGUUAAGGAUAUGCCGACGGCCAUUCGAACAAUAGCAACGUUUCUGGGACGAACGUUAGCGGAAGAUGACGUCACAAAAAUAUGGAAACAUUGCCACGUGAACAAUAUGAGGGACAAUCCGAUGGUAAACUUUUCCUACAAGGCAAAGAAUAUGUCGAUUCGCCAAGAAGUGGGAGCAUUUAUAAAUAAAGGAGAACCUGGUGUUUGGCGUAAUGUUUUAACUCCGCAGAUGAGUGAACAGAUAGACGUCAUGAUGAUACCACUGGAUGGAACAGGACUUAAGUUUGAAUUUUCAUAAUACAAUGGAAACGAUGGGACAAAUUCAGAUAUAUGACAUGAUGAAACCUCUGGAUUGAACGGGGUUCUGGUUUGAAAUGACAAAAUAUAAUGAAAAAUACAGGGACAAUCUCUGAUAGAAGGCACGAUAAAACCUCUUGAUAGAACGGUACUCGAGUUUGAAUUGUCAAAAUACAAUGAAAAAUCAGGAACAAAUUCGGAACAUGAUAUGAUGAAACCCUUGGAUGGUACUGGACUCGAGUUUAAAAUUGUCAUAUGAAAAAAUGGAAACUACAGCGACUAGCUCAGUAACAGGCUUCCUGUUUUAAAACACAAUGUUCAUGGCCUGAUAUACAGUAAAGGGUCGCACUUAUAUAACACGUUUUAGUGUUUAAGUAAUAUUGCUUGAUACAUCUUUUAUUAGCAUCCGUUUUAUUUAUUCAUUUUGAAUCCAUAUCAUAUUGUUGUUUAUGUUUCCAUUUGUACAUGCAAUGGCUUUGUUUUCAUUGAUAUGCUCAGUUAUGGGCCUUGUUAACAAUUAAACUUAAAACUUGAA